AUGGAUUGCCCCAAUUCAACGGUAGAAAAUGUUCUUGAACGAGCACUACGAACAUAUGAAGAAAGCGAACGUUCAUUGAAGUCAAUUUGUAAUUCUGUUGAACAAGAAAAUAAUGAAUUAGAAGAAGAAUUUAAAAGUCUUCAAGCGCAUCAAACAACAUUAAUAAAACAAUAUCAUUUAAUUAAAGAAAGUCUUCAUCAAAUUCGAGGUGAACAUGCAAGAUUAGCUGAAAGACAAUUAGUUAUUGAUCAGCAAACUAAUCAAAUUCAUCAACGUUAUGAACAAGUUAAAAAGGCUUUAAAGAAAAUUGUUUCUGCUGCAACUUUAACGAACGAAGAUUUUUCUGACGAAACAUUUUCAAUGUUAGGUUUUAAAUUAAUCCGAAUUGAUGAAGAGAGACGUUUAACAAAUGAUAUCGGAACUGAUUAUGAUCCACCAACAUGUUUAUCAACAAAACGAAAAUUAAAUAAUCAAAAUAAAGAAUUUAUUUCAACAGAAUAUAAUCAUAAACAUCACAAAAAUAAUUCUUCUGUACAACGAUCAUCCAAGUAA